AUGGCUCGCCUACUGUCCAAGUCCUGUUUUAGGAGAGGGGGUGCUGCUGGCUCCCCAUUCUGUACUCUGCUCAGAGCGUACAGCACAGGAAGCACUGACACAGAAUACCUGCAGAGGAGCAGCAUUCCCACAAUGUACUUCCAAGAAGACCUGCCCAGGUUACCCAUUCCAAAACUUGAAGAUUCUAUAAAAAGAUACUUGAACGCACAGACACCUCUUCUGGAUGCUGAACAAUUCAGGAAGACUGAGCAGCUGGCGAAGAGCUUCCAGAAUGGGAUCGGAAAGCAGCUUCACGAGGAACUGGUGUUGCAAGACAAACAGAAUGAACACACGAGUUAUGUUUACGGUUACUGGCUUCAUAGGUAUCUAUGUGCUCGUGAUCCCAUUGUGCUGAAUUUUAAUCCCUUCAUGUCCUUCACCCCUGACCCAUGGCCAGAAUAUAACAACCAGCUGAUCAGAUCCACUAACAUGAUUGUGUCUGCCAUGCGAUUCCUGAAAACUAUUCGAGCAGGUUACCUUGAGCCUAAGAUUUUACACCUUAAUCCAGACAAACGUGACACACAGGGAUUUAAUAAAUGUAUCAGGUUUGUGCCAAACUUGCUGCCUGGAUAUCCAGCACACAUGGCGAAUGCUUAUCCAUUAGAUAUGUCACAGUACUUUCGUUUUUUUAACUCCACUCGUUUGCCGAAACUUAACCGUGAUGAACUGGUCACAGAUGAGAACGGGAAGCACCUGUUGGUGUUAAGAAAUGGGAAUUUCUAUCUGUUCGAUGUCAUUGACAAAGAUGGGAAAAUAGUGAAGGCUUCAGAGAUCCAGGCCCACUUGCAGUAUAUCCUAAUGGAUGCCACCCCUGCUCCAAAGUUUCCUUUGGGAUACCUCACAAGUGAAGAAAGAAACACGUGGGCUGUUUUAAGACAGAAGCUUCUUGAAAACGGAAAUGAAGAGGCCCUGAAAAAAGUGGAUUCUGCUGUGUUUUGCUUGUGUCUCGAUGACUUUCCCAUUAAGGAUGAUAUCCACUUGUCCCACAAUAUGCUCCAUGGAUCAGGUAUGAACCGGUGGUACGACAAGUCCUUCAGCAUCAUCAUGACUCAAGAUGGGACAGCGGCUGUGAACUUUGAGCACUCAUGGGGAGAUGGAAUGACUAUCAUACGGUUCCAGAAUGAGGUGUUCAGGGAUAGCACGCAGAAACCAGCAAUAUCACCUCAUAAUGUCCCAGCUAAGGUGGACUCCAGCCAAGCUGUACAGAAACUUGUCUUCCACCUUGAUGACUCUUUGAAAUCUGCAAUCUCAACCGCCAAAAAAAAGUUUGAUGCAGCUGUGAGCUCAUUCACCAUUGUACCCAUGGAGUACAGAAGAGGUGGGAAAGAGUUCUUGAAGACCCAGAAGCUCUGCCCAGAUUCUGUAGCCCAGCUUUCCUUUCAGAUGGCAUUCUUCAGACAAUACGGGCAGACCAGGACCACACAUGAGGCCUGCAGUACAGCAGCUUUCAAACAUGGCCGCACCGAGACCAUCCGAUCAGCCUCUGUUUAUACCAAGAAAUGCACCGAGGCUUUUGUAAGGAAUCUUUCACAACACAGUAUGGCUGAGCUCCGUAGCAUGCUGCAAGAAUGUUCAAAAUACCACAAACAACUCAUCCAGGAGGCUUCAAUGGGGCAGGGGUAUGAUCGCCACCUUUAUGCCAUGAAAUGCCUAAGAGAAAGUAACGGACUGACCCUCCCAGAGUUCUAUCAAGAUCCCGCCUAUGAUCAGAUUAACUACAAUGUCAUCUCCACCACUACUCUCACCAGUCCAGCUAUCCAUCUUUUGGGUUUUGCACCACCGGUAGCAGAUGGAUUUGGGAUUUCAUACAGCAUGCACAAUGACUCGAUAGUUUUUAACAUUGGAGCAUACACAGAUCGUGAUGUUGGGCAGUUUGUGCAGUGCGUGCACGAGUCACUAGAGGACAUAUUCAAAGUUAUAGAAGAGAAGUCUGUGAAAAUUAAAAAAAGAGCAGUAAUAUAGGCAGGGAUCAAGUCCUAAAGAAUAGGUGUCGGAACUUCUAAGGUUCCCAAUCUAAUUCUAAUCCG